UAACAGGUCAGCCUCAAACAGCCAAGGAGUCGACAUCACAGCAUUGUGAAUGUGACAAACAAUGAUUUCACACUACAUGAUCCUCACUGCUCUGACAACAGCAACUCUGGGAAAAGGGUCUGUUGAAUGCAAUUUCUUAAUACCUACUGGAGGUCAGCAGUGUUUUGGAGCAGUGGGGCAGUCGUUACUUUUUCAUCUGCCAAAUACAUCAGAUACAGAAAUGAAGUUGACAAAGGACGAGAAACAUCUGAUUUUAAACGUCAAAAAUCAUAAAGUGAUUCUGAAUGAGGAUUACAUGAAUCAGUCUGAAGGCUUCACCAGUGGAACAUUAAACCUUGGCAACGCAAUGAAGAAACACUCUGGAGACUAUAUGUUGGAAGAAUUUAGAUCUGAUGGAGCUUUACUGAGAAAAGUUACUGUUCAUCUAGAACUACAAGCUCCAGUGUCUGAGCCAGCUGUGUCUCAGAUGUGUUUGUCACCAGAACACAUGAAGGUCAGCUGCUCCUCUGAGGGAGAUGGAGUAGAGUUCAUUUUGACUUUGGACAGUCAGUUACUGAUAGAUACAAGAGACCACAGUCUGUCCCCAAGUAACUGGACAACAAACACACAGUGGCUGACUGGGAGUGCAGCUAAACAAGACACAUCCAGUGUUUCAAACGUUACCCUCAGCUUACAUGGUCAGCUGACAGGAAACCUGAUGUGUAAUGUUCGAAACAAUGUCAGCAGAGAUAAAACAGCUAUUCAUCUGAAAAGCUGCAAAGAUUUUCCUUCUUCCUUCCCUGUUGUGACUGUGGCUGUGAUAGCUGGUGUUGUGACUCUCCUUCUCCUUGUGGCUUUGUGUCUUGGUAUAAAAAAGAUUUAUAACAAGUCAAGACCCACAACUGCUAAUGAUGUUUUCCAAGGUAACCCUGAAGAUGAAGUCAUCUACACAGACGUCAGAGUGACAAGAAAUAUUAAGAAAACCCAACCCACCAUCCACAACGCACCAUAAUUUCCUCCAAAGUCCUUAUUAAGUGUUUUUUUUUUUUUUUAACCCUAACUUUUACCUUGCCUGAAACCACAUAUCUUAAUCUUGAAAUAAAAAUAUGCUCUGAGAACACUGUCCCUGUGGCUUGAAAAAAGAAAAACAAAAAGGUGGGGGCUGGAGGUGUUUGUCAAAUUAAUUUCUACCUAUAGGCUCAAGUUUUGUUUUUUUUCUUGUGUGAAUUAUAUCUGCAGUACAUUGCAGCAUAGACUAUUCACAGUAACCAGAGUUUUAUUUUCUUCUGAUUUUUAAAAUCAAUUUGUAGGGAUGUUUUAUGCAAUUGCUUUAAGAGAUAAGCGAUUUAAGAUUUGAUUUUCUUUAGUUGUUUGUCUUGUAAUUGGGUGGCAUUGUAGACAAG